CUUCUGAGCUGCCGGCUGUGGCUCAAGAAUCAGAAUGAAUAUCCAUGUUCUGUUCUUCUGCGUCUUAUCAGCAGGAUUAUUUGACAAAAAUACUCAUCUCAUCAACGCACAAACAAACCUUUAUACAAAGGUGGAAGGCGAAGACUUCAGAUUUGAACUUGACACUGAAGUAACUGCAGGAAGCAGAAAAUAUAUCUGCAGGAAUGACAGUGAAAAGGAAGACAUCCUCAUUGAAACUACUGAAAACAGAGCUGAGAGUGGCAGAUACAUAAUAAGAUAUGACAUAAGUGACAAGAAAGUGCGCGCAGUCAUCAAAGAGCUGACCCAGUCUGACUCUGGACGGUACAAAAUUGGUGUGAGCAAUUCUUCGUCCAUGAAUUUAUUUCAGGAAGUAGAGCUCAACGUUAGAGAACUCUGUGAAGAAGAUAUCACCAGUGGUAAACCCAAAGUCUACAGUGCUACUGUGGGAGGGGAGGUUACAAUCAGAUGCCUCUUGCCUUUACAUCAACUAAACAUAAAGUUCCUCUGUAAAGAUGAAUGUAAAAAAAUGAUCAUCAACACAAAUAAUUUCACAGUUAUGAAUGGCAGAUAUGAAAUUGAGUAUUGGAGUAACAUGGGCUUUAAUGUGACCAUCACAAGCCUAACCAAGUCGGACUCGGGGCGGUACAAGUGUGGCGUGCGAAAAAAAGAUGCAAAAAAUACAUGCCUGGAAUUUGAGAUCUCAGUAACAGAUGGUAACAUCCUGCUGCUGGCUGUAUGCGUGACUGUGGUUGUGGUGCUACUCGCUGUUUUUGUUCUGCUCUUCUACAAACUGAAGAUAAAGCGUAAUGUUCAGUAUGUGAACACGAGAGGUAAUGGAAGAAAUAUGGAGGUUGCUGUCUAUGAUGAUGUUGCUGACGUUUACCAAUGGCCCGCUGAUGGGUCAACAUACCAGGAGCUGAGCAGCAGGGAAGAGCCUCUGUACUCUUUACUUGAGCCUCCACCAAACACAAAUCUGCACUGAUAAUCAAUAGAUUAUAUUCGUUUUUGUUUUCGAGUGGAACGUGUCUUUUUCUUUUCCUCACAUUGUUUAUAAAUUUAGUUGGAAAAGAAGCAGAAGGGCAAAGUGUAUGGAUUUACUUUGGUAAAUGUUUUAUUCAGUUAAAAGUAAGUGUUACCUGGUUAGUUAUGGAGUAUUCAGUAAAGAUGUAGUACUUUCUAAUGUUAUUUUUGCUGCA